AUGAGCGUAGCAAGUACUUAUAAAAAGGUGAUCUUUAGCUAUUUGAGAGAUAAAGUUCAAAAGAGAAUUCAAAGCUGGGAUAACAAGUUUCUUUCAAGAGCGGGAAAAAAAGUCCUCAUCAAGUCUGUGGUUCAAGCUCUCCUUGCAUACACUAUGAAUGUAUUCCUUAUUCCAGUUGGUAUUUGCCAAGAUAUUGAACGAGCAAUAAGUAAAUUUUGGUGGCGAUCAAAUAGCAACAAAGGCAUACAUUGGUUGAGUUGGGAUAAGCUUUCGAUGCACAAGAGUAGGGGAGGGAUGGGGUUUCGUGAUUUUUCUGACUUUAACCUUACUUGUGAGGAUAGUUUGGUUGGGAAAAUAUUUAAAACAAGAUAUUAUGCAAACGGUAACUUCCUUUCUGCAACUUUAGGAAGUAAUCCAAGCUAUAUAUGGAGAAGUGUUUUGGAAUCCCAAAUACUGGUUCAGGCUGGAGCUAGAAGAUUAGUUGGCAAUAGUUCACAAAUUAGUAUCCUUAAGGAUCCUUGGCUUGUUGAUGAUGUACAGCCAUUUGUUGAAUCUCAACAGCCGUGCCUUGUUGGUAAAAUGGUACAGUCUCUAAUGAAGGUAGAUGUGUGUGAGUGGGAUGCGAAGGUUAUAACUGAUGUGCUUACUACAAGGGAUCAAGACUUGGUAUGGAAGAUUCCACUGGCUACUGAUUUGGAGAGUGAUGACUAUUAUUGGAGGAAGGAAUCAACAUGA